CGUCAUGGCCUAUGCUGCUGCAGGCCUGCGGAAAGCAUGAGCGGUCCAUUUUGUCGUUCUUUGUGUCUGUUAAAGAAAAGUUGCGUUUCGUAGUCUAUAAUGUUAUUUGAACGUCAGUACUCAUUGUACCUCGAUGAUUUCAGCUUUCAGAGACCGUGUUCUUAAAAUACGCUUGAAUAAUAUGUUCACAGCAUUGUUAAAACGUGCUGGUAUCCUAGCGAGAUCACCUGUUAGAUAUAAAUCAGUUAAUCGCAGUUCAGUUACUGCUGGCAACAUCGAACAGAAAAAGAGAAUAAAGAAACUCAAGCCUCCAGGCUGGGAUGUUCUCUCAUGGGAAGACAUUUUGGCUCAGUCUGUGACUCCUUUAUGGCGACUAAGCUAUGAUGAGCAGCUCCAGUGGAAACAAGAACAGCAACACAGGAUCUUACUUCAGAUGACAAAUCAGCUGGUACAGGACUCAUCAUUUACAUCCAAUAAGGGAGAGCUAACUUUUCCUCUUCUGCCCAUAGUGCCUUCACCAGUGAGGGACGGAUAUCGUAAUAAAUCAACCUUUUCAGUUAACAUUGGAGUAGAUGGAAAUCCAAAGACUGUAGGACUUUACACUGGCACUGGGAAAGGUAGAAACAUUGUUUGUGUUCAUGGUGACCAUCUUCUUAACAUUCCAUCAAAGCACAAGUUGGUUGGAAGGUGUUAUGAAGAGUUCAUACGUUUCUCACCAUUAAAGCCAUGCAUAUUGUUUCAUGAUGGAGGUCACUGGAGAGAAAUUACAGUGAGAACGAACUCUGCUGGUAACACACUGGCCAUAGUAUACUUCCAUCCACAAAAUUUAACUCCUGAGGAGGUUGGUGUCCAAAAAGCAGCUCUAGUAGAUUAUUUCACAAAUGGUCCUGGGACAGUUUGCCAGCUGGACUCUCUUUAUUUCCAGGAGAGCACCAUGACCAGAUGUAGUCAUGAGGACUCUCCAUACCAGCUCCUGUAUGGAGAACCCUGUAUCUACGAGGAGAUCCUUGGCAUGAAAUUCCGCAUAUCUGCUGAUUCAUUUUUUCAGGUGAACAGAAGUGCAGCAGAAGCCUUGUAUAAGACAAUAGCAGACCUAAAUAAGACCUGUGAAGAGGGAACUCUGUUGGAUGUGUGCUGUGGUACGGGAACUAUUGGCAUCUCACUGUCCACACGGAUGAAGAAGGUCAUUGGUAUUGAACUUCUUCAGCAGGCUGUAGAGGAUGCAAAAUAUAAUGCAGCAUUUAAUGGCAUUCAGAAUUGUGAGUUUCUCUCAGGAAAAGCUGAGGCUGUUCUUCCAGACCUGAUACCAACAUUGUGCGCUAAUGGGGGGCUCACAGCUAUUGUGAAUCCAUCCAGGGCAGGUCUGCAUUAUAGAGUAAUAAGGGCACUGCGCAACAACUCAGUCAUACGAAGACUUAUCUACAUUUCCUGCAAACCAGAAGGAGAAGCAAUGAGGAACUUCAGGGAGCUUUGUAGAAAGCCUGAUUGGCAGAGAAAGCUCACUGGAGAGGCAUUUAUGCCAACAGUGGCAGUCCCUGUGGACAUGUUUCCACACACACCUCACUGUGAACUGGUACUUGUUUUUGAACGAUAGGGUAAACUACAUAUUUUUUGCAAAAAACCUUUUCAAUGUCAGUUUACAUGUUAAGAACAGGGUUACUAUUCAUUUUAAGAAUGUUAGAAUUUUUCAGUUUAAUACUUACUAUACCUAAUAUGUCUAAUUAUGAUUUGUUGUGUGGUCUGAAGCAUUUGUGAAAAUAUGGAAUAUAUGAUAAACCAUUUUGAAACAAUUUGGUAUUCCAGAGAAACCUUGUUCUCAAGGUUGUUUGGAUAAUCAGUAUUCAGUGUUGCUUCAUAAAGUCUGUUUGCCUAGUCCAAAAUGCUGAACACAUGUUAAUGGUAUGAUUUGCAUGAUAUGGUAUGAUCACAGAAGAUUAACUAAAGCUUUUAAGGCUUGGCCCCAGAAGAUAUACAUGCAGAAGAGUGUCAUAGUACUGUGAAAUGUGGCAAUUGUUGCUGUUUUGCAUUUAAAGGCAUUCCAAAUCCACACAAAAAAUGGCACAAAUCAAGCUGUUGCAAUGGAUUUGUCAAUCUGCUGACCUAACCUCUUCUGUGAAAUGUUGUGCAAAUACAUGGUCUGCUUUUUUUAAUGAAAUAAUUCUCCUGUGGUGCAAGACACAGUUUGACAUAAUGAUUUUUUGAGUCCUCAAUUUUUUGUUCAGAUUGAAUGUCAGUAGUUCCUGAGGUGACUGCAACAUAUGAAAAGACCGUUCUAAAUGUAGUCUUAUCUUCCAUGUGUUUUACUCUGCACAGAUUGCCAGUAUUUUUUCAGGUAUUACGAUAAGUGAGCUUUGCAGAAUGAAUGUGUGAU